CCAGCCUCCCCGCCCCCAGUUGCAACUGGCGCGGGCGGCCGAGCGCCAAGUGUGAGCGCCGCUGUAAGCGUCCCGGAGCCCGGCCCUCGGUGCAGGCAUGAUCGGCCAGAAGACCCUCUACUCCUUCUUCUCCCCGACUCCCACUGGGAAGCGGAGCACGCGCAGCCCGGAGCCGGCCCUGGGGACCGACGUGGCGGCCGAGGACUGCGGCGAUGAGGCCAGCCCAGCCAAGAAGGCCCGGGUCGGGCAGGACGAGCCGGCCACGCCGCCCUCGUCGCCGCUCAGCGCGGAGCAGCUCGACCGCAUCCAGAGGAACAAGGCCGCGGCCCUGCUCAGACUCGCUGCCCGCAACGUGCCCGCCGGCUUCGGCGAGAGCUGGAAGAAGCACCUGAGCGGAGAGUUCGGGAAGCCGUACUUCAUCAAGCUAAUGGGAUUUGUUGCUGAAGAAAGAAAACAUCACAAGGUCUAUCCACCCCCGGAGCAGGUGUUCACGUGGACCCAGAUGUGUGACAUCAGAGAUGUGAAGGUUGUUAUUCUGGGACAAGAUCCCUAUCAUGGACCUAAUCAAGCUCACGGGCUCUGCUUCAGUGUCCAAAGGCCAGUUCCGCCUCCGCCCAGUUUGGAAAACAUUUUUAAAGAGCUGUCUACAGACAUCGAUGGCUUUGUUCAUCCUGGCCAUGGGGAUUUGUCAGGGUGGGCCAGACAAGGUGUCCUCCUCCUCAAUGCUGUCCUCACUGUCCGCGCCCACCAGGCCAAUUCCCAUAAGGAGAGGGGCUGGGAGCAGUUCACUGAUGCAGUUGUGUCCUGGCUAAAUCAGAACCUGCAUGGCCUUGUCUUCCUGCUCUGGGGCUCUUAUGCUCAGAAGAAAGGCAGUGCCAUCGAUAGGAAGCGUCACCAUGUCCUGCAAACAGCCCAUCCCUCCCCGUUGUCGGUGUACAGGGGCUUCUUUGGAUGCAGACAUUUCUCUAAAGCCAAUGAACUGCUCCAGAAGUCUGGCAAGACGCCCAUCAACUGGAAGGAGCUGUGAUGCUGCAGCGCAGGUCACCUUUCCAGCAGUGGUUCUGAGGCUGCCACCCACCGAAGCAUUGGCUGGUUUGGAGUUACUGAAAAUGUCCCUGUGUGUGAAGAAAAUGGGAGAGAUCUUUGUAAAGCAGUCGCCAGCCAGCCAGUCACAGAAACCACGGCUUUAGCAGCCAGACCUCUGGACUGCCGCUAGGUUUGACCUCUGUGCCAGGCAGAGUGGCCUGGCCAAACAUGCCCACUUCUCACAGACCAGUGGGCACAUACUUGGUCCUGUGGCUGUUUUGGGUAGGGGGAGAGAUGUGCACCUUUUUGAUGCCUGCUGCUCUUCGCUUUUGCCUUUAGAUGUAGAGGUUACAAGGUGUCCCGGUGUGUGCUUCUAAAGGCCCUCUGUCUCGAAAGGAGGGAGCCCUUGGGUGUUUUUAGAUCCUGAGAGUCUUUCUUGAUUACAAAGAGAGGGGUGUAUCUCCCACGGCUCAGGAGGAGUGGCUGCUGUCCUGCUGCUUAUCCAGGUCUUUGCCUUAAGCAAGUAGUAAAGUUAAAGCAGAGGACAGGGUUGGUUUUCUUUCAGAUGAGGUGGGGUGGGGGUUCUUCCAGUGCCUGUGGAGUUGGGGUUUUCCCACAGCAGAUUGCCAGCCAUUGGUUUGUGUGAUACUGGGGAUACAACCCCAGGGUGCUGGUUUUUAUGGGCCAAAUCCACAGAUUUUAUUUUUCUGCAACAUAGACUGUUUUUUACAAGGUAUGUGGGUACAUUUGUGUGUUCAAUCCUUUGAGAGACGGAUCUACUGAUUUGUACCUCAGCCUGGAUCCGGUGGGCCCAGCUGGCGAGAGCAGUGACUUCGCUUGGGCAGGAUAAUAAAAACAUUGGAGUUUG